UGUUCAGUAAUACUUCGAACAAUAAUUGGUUGCUUGCUGCCAAACCAAUCGGCAGGAUCUCGUGGUAUCGUUAUAUAUAUAAAGUAAAACAAUAAUGCUAACAUGUCUUUGAAGUACGUGAGAGCCGAGUGACAGUCAAACGCAUGAGUUUCCAAGCUAAACACCUGCAGAGCAGCCUAACAAAUCCCUGAAGCCCAGACCGCAUUGUUAAGAAGCUGAAGGCAGCUAAGGAAAUAUUUAACCCCGUUUAGGUUUCUUUGUCAUUUCAAUUCUCCUGAAUGCAUUCCAGAAAUGUCACCUCCGCAGCCACCCUGGCGGGGAGCGCCAUUCGGGGUAUUUAGAGGCAUGUUUCCGCAGUGCAGCCUGGCGUGCUCCAAUCGUGCGGUACCCCUCCUCGCUCCUCUUUUUAGUCGGCUUAGGAUAAAGAUGUCCUGCACUCUCCCCAAGUUUGGCCCUCCCCUUUAACAGUGUAGCCCUAGCGGCGGUUGCUGGACUGCCCGACGUCCUGGAGGCUGGACGCAGCGAGGAGCAUGAGAUAGCUGGCUUACUCGGAACGGGAUGAUGGCGGCGGCGCCCGGGCGGGACACUCUACCGGAUCCCUGGUCGUACGGAGUGUGCGGCGACGGCAGGGUCUUCUUCAUCAACGACAAAACGCGCACCACUACCUGGCUGCAUCCCCGCACUGGUGAGCCUGUCAACUCCGGACACAUGAUACGAUCAGAUCUACCGCGUGGCUGGGAGGAGGGCUUCACCGCGGAGGGAGCCAGCUACUUCAUAAACCAUAACGAGAAGACCACGGUGUUCCGGCAUCCUGUGACAGGACAGAUAUCUCCAGAAAACACAGACUUCGUCGUGCACGAACCGGCAAAUUCCCGCAUGUCCAGGCUGCCACCGGAGCAGAGGACCCCCAGUAUGGUCAGUGAGUCCUCCACGGCCGUCGCCUCUUCCACUGUGGACGCCACCUCAGGGUCAAAGAGCUCCAAACCCAGUGGGAAGAUCCACAGUUUCGGCAAACGGGAUCACGCCAUCCAGAGGAACCCAAACAUGGCCGUGGUGGUGCGGGGUUGGCUCUACAAACAGGACAGCUCAGGGAUGAGGCUGUGGAAGCGAAAGUGGUUUGUGUUGUCUGACUUCUGCCUGUUCUAUUACAAAGACAGCCGAGAGGAGGUGGUUCUGAGUAGCAUUCCUCUCCCCAGCUAUGUCAUCGCCCCAGUGGAGCCCGAAGACCACAUCAGCCGCAAGUACGCCUUCAAGGCCAGCCACACAGGCAUGCGCUCGUACAUUUACAGUAAGAACUCUGUGAUUGGCUCCCAGGCCGAGCACGGGGGAAUGCGCACCUACUAUUUCAGCGCCGAUACGCAGGAGGACAUGAACGGCUGGAUACGCGCCAUGAACCAGGCUGCACUCAUGCAGAGUCAUAGCCUGAAGAGGGAAGCUCUCAACGUGGAGAAACAGGCAGUUCCCCAAACCAAUCACAUCAUCAGCAGCAGGAAAGGCUCCGCCCAGGCUGAGGGCCUCCACCAAUCAGGGUGGGAGGAGGUGCCAGGCGGCGAGCCAAAGCAGGGGCGGGAGGCAGAGAUGCGGCACGGCUGCAGUAAGGAAUUACCGGAGGUCCAGGUCUCUUUCCCGGGAGACACGGAUGCUGACCUUCUCCCUCCAGAAGCCGGCGCACCGUCCCGCACCUCGUCAGGACCACAUGCGCAGAGGAAUGGGCUUCACGCCGACCAGAACGACAGCGUGGUGUAUAAAAGGGGCCUGGUGCCUCGCACGGACACCGAGAAGGAGGUGCAGAGGAAGACGGCACUUGCGCAGGUUGAGAAGUGGGUCAAGGUUCAGAAAGGAGAGGUCAAAAGCCGUGCCUCUGCAGAAUACACACUUCCCAGGCGAACACCCCCAAUGCAGCCCAUGCCGGGCAUGAUGGAGGCCUACCAGUCGUUACCGAAGCCAGUCCGUCGCCCGUCGGGCGGCUCGCCCCCGACGGCCCGGAACAUGCCCAGCGACUACAAAUACGCCCAGGACCGUCUCAGCCACUUCCGCAUGUCGAUGGACGAACGUCUGGCAAACAGGGAGGGCACCGUGUGGCAGCUGUACGAGUGGCAACAGAGGCAGGCAUUCCGCCACGGCAGCCCGACGGCGCCCAUGUUCACCGCAACCGACUCCACGGACACGGCCGCGUUCCGGGUCAUGCUGGAGGUGCCGCGCUCCGUAUCCGUGCCUCCCUCCCCGUGCGACCUCCCCUUGCCGGGCGGCCCCUGCAGGCUGCUCUCGCCCCGAAGGCCUCACACACCGGCCGACCGGGUGACCGUGCGCCCGCUGGACGAGGCGCGGGGUGUGGACGUGGGCGUGGACGUGGGCGUGGCCGGGCUCGGCUCUCCAAGACGCCUGGUUUCCAAGACUGCCCAGACGGAGAGAAGGUCCAUGCCAUCCAUGGGCUACAUCACACACACAGUCAGUGCGCCAAGCUUGCAUGGAAAAACGGCAGACGAUACUUACAUGCACCUGAAGAAGGACCUGGAGUAUCUCGACCUGAAGGUUACUGGACGUGACCUUCUGAAGGACAGACCUCCGCGGCCCUUCAGGAUAGCUGAAAGUGAUGUGGACGUGAAGCUGAGCAGAUUGUGUGAACAAGACAAAAUCCUUCAGGAUCUGGAGACGCGGAUACACACGCUGAAAGUGGACAAGGAUAAGCUGGAGUCUGUGCUGGAAGUGUCCCGUCAGCAGAUGGAGCAGUACCGAGACCAGCCAGCCCACAUGGAGAAGAUCGCCUACCAGCAGAGACUGCUGCAGGAAGACGUGGUGCACAUCAGAGCAGACAUCUCACAAGCGUCCACAGAGAUGGAGAAUGCCUGGAGUGAGUACAGUCAGCUGGAGUGUGACGUUGAUCGUCUGCGCUACGCUCUCCAUGAGCAGAUGAAACGUGGGGGUGUCUCACAGGAGGAGAGAAGUCAGCUGAGAAAGGACCUGUGGCAGAUCGAGGAUGUGAUGGCUGGCCUCAGCACCAGCAAAGCCGACUACAGGCUGACUGUGGAGUCCGUGCAGAACCCAGAGAGGAAACUUGUGCCUUCUGCCUCAUCUCCCCCUGUGCCUUCUCUCUCGGUGGGGGAGCUGAAGGGGGCGUGGCUCAGCCCUGUUCAGCUCCUCCCACAUCCUUCCCACCUGUCUCACACUCCCCAGAAGCCAGAAUGGGUGGAUGAGGACGCCCCUCCCAGGCCGCCUCUCCCCCACCUCUACAGCCCGGAGGAGCAGCCCCCAGAAGUACCGCCGCUGCCCAGGGAGACGUCCGUCAUCCGCCACAUGUCCGUCCGCGGCCUCAAGCGGCAGUCCGAUGAACGCAAGCGGGACCGGGAGAUUGGCCAGUACACAAACGGGGACAACAGGGUGGAACUACGGACGUUCCUCAGUGAACCUGAGCUAGCAAUAGUCGGAGGACCAUCGGGUCAUGAUGGAGGCUACCAGACCUUGCCAAGCAGAGGUCUGACAGGCUCUUCUUCCAGACUUACCCAGUCCACCAGCGUCUCAUCAUACGUUACCCUCAGGAGAGGUUCCACCACCUCCUGUUUGAAGGAGAGGCCGAAGAGUGCCCUGGAGCGGCUGUACCCGGGCGAGCCGGCGCCGACCCGCGGCCGCAUGAGUGCCGAAGAACAGCUGGAGAGGAUGAAGCGCCACCAGAGGGCGCUGGUGCGCGAGCGCAAGCGCACCCUCAGUCAAAGCGAGCGGCAGGCGGCUUCGUCCCGCGCCGCAUCCUCCUCCUUGCGCCCGGUCUCAGCUGACCUGGGAUCAUGGAGGCGAGAACAGGAGUUUGAUUUGCAGCUGUUGGAGCGCUCCAUGCAGGGGGAGGAGAGGACUCCUCCGGAGCAGAGAGAGCGGCCGCGCUCGCGCUCGGACGAGUGGCUCACCUCGCGCUCCUCUCCUCUCCACCAGCUCGAUCUGGAGCCCCUGGACUACCAGCUGGACCUCAGUAAGGAGCUGGCCACGCCCCAGAAGGUGACCAUUCCCGAACGCUAUGUGGACUGGGAGUCUGAGGAGCUGCCCAGCCCCCAGGAGAUGGAGGCGCGCCAGCGCAAGGCGGAGCGCAUAAAGAGCAUCCUGGCCAAGUCGAGUGUGCAGAACAUGCCUCUAGUUGUAGCAGCGGAUAAAGCAGUGCCAUCAGACCUGGACUUCACCCUUCAGGAGCAGGAGAGGAUGAUCACCAUGUCCUACGCGCUGGCCUCGGAGGCAUCGCUCAAGAGCAAACAGGUGGCCGCCAAAGCCCUGUCCGGUCGCUGAGGUGCUACCUACCGGUUCCUUGCUCCCUGCGUUGACCUCUGCUUCUCCAUCCCCUGCGUUUUAGACAAAACAUUAGCGCACACUGGGACUGCCAUUCGUACCAACUUCACCUGCUUCGCUGUUGUACUGAAAGCAAGUAUUUUGUACAGGACACGGGCUCUCUGCUGUGGAAACUACUGUGCAUAUAUUCAAAUAUCUCUAACGAACCUAAUAGAGGGAUAGACAGCUUGUUUUUUUACAUGCUACUGCACUUUUAACACGCAAUGUAUCAUAGACUAUAGACAGGAGAAAGUAUUAGACCUACUGAGAGUGACACACGGACGGUACAGAGGUGACCAUCCAAUGUUGAUUGUAUUUUUGUUGAUCGAGAUGUUAUUCUUACACCAAAUCACUUGAAAUAUUAUUUUUAUGUAUCUAGCACUGCCAGUUUCCAGUUAGCUUGCCAAAUUGGCUUUAUUUUUGCUGAGUUUUGAGGAACGGCGGGGACGAAACCAUUUAACAAUAUUUUUCAGAUAUUUUUGUGGGAAGGUUGGAACAAACAUUUUUUAAGAAAAUGUAAAUA